GAGUUGUGGACUUUCCAACAACUCUGAUAUUGUUGCCCACAAAAGUAACGUACGAGAGAACGCACAUAUUCUCUUUCUUCUGCUCCCUGUACUUAAAAGCCUGCUCCUCUCAUUUUGGUAUUUCUUGUGGGUUACCUAGCUGGCAGUUAUUGGAGCAGAAAAUGGGGAAAAGGAAGGCAUAAAAGAAAUUUUAAAACUGGGUAUUAACAAUGCCUGAAAAAAACUCAGUCCUCUAAAACACCUCGUGAUUUGGGCCUUCCCUCCAUCUCCGACCGACCUUCCAAUUUUUCCUAGGCCCACGCAUAUUUAUUAUAAAUGUAAGUUCUGCAGCCUGGAAAUUAUCUAUUGUGGUUUUAAUUGGGUGAUUACUUGCAGGCCGGUCAAGCUGACGGAACCUGAUUAUAUGUCUGUAUCAGAGCAUCUAAUUAUGGCAGAAGCAUCAGAAGAUGCUCUCUUAUUUAAGUACUACUAUUUGCGCGGUUAGUUUUAAACCACUUCAUUUUCCCUGGGGCUUCGUGUACAAUUCAGGCACUGAACUCCGUUACAAUUUGAUGGACGGUGUCCGUUGUGUAUACAGGUGACCAUCAAUUGUAGGGCAGGUAAUUACAGCAGAGGCAGUAGGAGAUAAACAUACCCAGAUCAUUUCUCUUGGGAACUUGUGUCCUUCCCAAGCGUUUUGCCACCGUUACAAGAUUUGGCCUCAAAACCUACCUACUUUUCUCCUCUACAGUUGCCCAGUUGUGUCAAUAAAAUUGUUACUUGAGCAUUGGAAAGAAAUCGCCUUGAAAUUCAUCAUCUAUUAAACGGAUCCGAUGAUAUUUUGCAAGCCUAAUUGCACGACAAGUCACAACCCUCCCUUCUUACCUGUUUGUGUUUGUAUGUGACUUUAUGAAACGCAGAAAAUUAGGCACCCUAAAGACAUCUCUUUCAUUUAAGAUUCAAUUCAAAUCCAUUUAUGUGUUGUUAUUGCUGUUUGGGGUCUAGAUUGUGAAGCAGAGAGAGAAAAGAGCUUUAACGAGACACCCACGUGGAACCGGGUUUGAAUUUCAUGGAGGACUAGGUUUACAAUGUUUUUUAACAUACAAGUUUCCGUUUUGCGGUGGGUGUUCUGAUCUUUUCUGAGAUUGGAACUCGAGACUUUUUGGCUUUUAAUGGGCAGAGGCAGAAUGGCGACUCCUGGUACGUGCUGCGCAUUGGAGCAUUGUUUUAAGGCUUUGUCUAUCAAUCACGGAUCUCUGUCUCCAUCCCAGGCAUCCAUCAAGGAGGAAGCCUGCUUUCAUGCCAAAGAUGAUAUCACCAUUCAGCGGCACAAUCAGAAUUCCUCACAUAAGGACCCCUUGGAGCCUGAAUCCAUGUCAGACUUAUCUCCUCAACGGGAGCAAUUCUUGGACCUAAAGACAGGAGAACUCCACUUCUAUGACUCGAGCGCUCGCAGGAGGACUAAAAGCCAUUCUAAGAAACUUUUGAGGAUGUCAGAAAAGGUGCUAGUUUCGGAGGACAUGACACCAAACAGUCCUGGAAUUGUGAAGCCCUCAAGUCCUUUUUAUUAUUCAGAAUCAGAAGAUUUUGAUUCUACGGAUGAAGAGUCUAGCGGUUCGGAAAGAUCUCAAAAGGAAGCAAGCGAAAUGCAUCAGGUUUGUGAAAGAGAGGAAGAAGCUGGCAGCAGCAGCCAGGAUACAACUGUGUUGGUUGCAGCAGGCUGUCAAAGUUGUCUUAUGUAUUACAUGCUCCCAAAACAUGCUAUGAGCUGCCCAAAAUGUGGAACUUCUCUUCUGCAUUUCAACGAGCCUGCAACUAGCAAGGACAAAUAGAUUCCAGAAGUUAAAAUUGGUUAGGAAACAAUGCCCAUUUUUGUAGUUUUUGAUACCUAUCAUUUUUGUGACCAGGUUGCCCCCUUGUGUCAUUAUUGUCAUACAUUUUCCACUAUCCCUUACAAAACUCAUUCCAGUGAAUUUCCAGAGAAGUGGAAGGAGGUCUGCAACUUGUAGUCAGUGAUGUUACAAAAAACUAGAGUGGCUCCUAGUUGCAUUUGCCAUGCAUAUCUGCCUUUGUAAGUAAAACGUAGUUUAUUCUUUACCAGUGAUUUGGUAUAUGUGCAUUGCUUUCUUGGAAUCUAAUUUUCCUCAACAGGAAUAAUAUAAAAAACCUUGAUUUGGAGGAACAAAGAAAUGUGUACUAAAAUGUCGCAAAGGUGGAUUUUGUAAGUGGACUUACAAGUUUAUUUAUGGCUUUUGUGUACAA